AUGGCAGCACUCGAGCUAGAAUCCGACGCACCUGCGCCAGCCGCUCUUCCCGGCCAGCACCCUCUCCCCUCCUCCUCCUCCUCCCCACCUCUCGCCGACUCGACUCCCGCGCGCACAACCACCACCGAGCAAGGCCACCUCGACCCGUGCUGCUCUCGUCCCACCACCGACGCACCACCGCGGGUCGCCGUUUGCCGCGUCCGGCCCUCAAAGCGCGUCUUCGUGCCCCCGCCUCAGUACGGCCUCGUCGAGGAGGGCCUUGUCCGCUCGGGCCAGCCCUCAGAGCUCAACUUUCCCUUCCUCGAGCGCCUCGGCCUCAAGUCGUGCGUCUGGCUUGCCCCAGAAGAGCCCAACGAGCCUUUCCAGCGCUUCCUCCAGGAGCAGCACAUCACCCUGCACCACCUCGGCGCCGACGACUAUGCGGCGACGUACGACCCGCUCUCGGAGGAGACGGUCCUCCAGGCCCUCGAGCUCAUCCUCGACCCGGCCAACGCGCCGUGCCUCAUCGCGUGCGGCCAAGGGCGACACCGGACGGGCACCGUGUGCGGUCUGCUGCGCAAGCUGCAGAGGUGGAACUUGACGGCGAUCCUCGAGGAGUACAGGCGGUACGCCGGGCCAAAGGUCCGGCAGCACAACGAGCAAUUCAUCGAGCUCUUCGACGUCCAGCUCUGCGCCGUACCUCGACCAGCGCCCGACUCGUCCACUUGA